AGGACCAAGCAGCCCAGCCUUUUCCCCCGGACCUUUCGGUGCUGUGCCCACACCUCCAGGCGGCCACUCGGGUACCAAAGGAGCUGAAAUGAGAAAAAGGCAGCAGUCGCAAAAUGAAGGAACAUCUGCUAUGUCUCAAGCCCCUGGAAACCAGAGGCCUAACAACACGUGCUGCUUUUGUUGGUGCUGUUGCUGCAGCUGCUCCUGCCUCACUGUUAGGAAUGAAGAUAGAGGUGACAAUGCGGGAAGGCCAACACAUACAACAAAAAUGGAAAGCAUCCAGGCAGUAGAAGAAUGCCAAAAUCCCACCCCAGAUGAAAUUAUGUCCUGGUCUCAAAAUUUUGACAAGAUGAUGAAGACGCCAGCGGGGAGAAAUCUCUUCAGGGAAUUUCUUCGAACAGAAUACAGUGAAGAGAACCUACUUUUCUGGCUUGCAUGUGAAGACCUAAAAAAGGAGCAGAACAAGAAAGUUGUUGAAGAAAAAGCCAGGCUUAUAUAUGAAGAUUAUAUUUCUAUACUGUCACCCAAAGAGCAUAAAAAGCUUCAGAGCAGCUGGACCCAGCAAAACAUCAUAUUUACAAUUUUUACAGAUAAAUAAAUUGAAGCUCAGAGACAUUAAGAAACCCUCAGAGUUACAUAGCUUUAGUAAUUGGCAGAGUCAGGAGACUCGACCCCCAGUUCCUCUGACUCUAAAUCUAGUUUUCUCCAGUGAGCCUGUGAUUCAAUCUAAUAACAGAGUUCCUGCUGAAGACAAGGAUGCCAUAAUCUGAAUCAAUCUCCUGUUACUAUGGUAGACUUCUCAGGGUUUAUAUUUGUAUCUUGCCUUUGCCGAGUACCCCUGACUAAUACAGAAAUAUUUCUCAAACAAGCAGUAAGCUAUUAAGGUAUGUAUUUAUUUAAAAAAAAUCGAAUGCCUGUAAUUUUAAAAAAGUAUAUUUUAGCCACUAGUUACUAAGUUUGUAAUUUUUUUUCAAUUUACUGUUGUGCCAAACAUUGUUAAUCAUUAAUUUCCUUAUGGUUCUUGAGCACAGAAGAA